CAAUGCGGGGGGUCACGUUUUGUUUCUAAAACUAGAAAAACAUAAAACGAAAGCAAUGCCCUAGGAAAAACGUCGGCCUUCCCUGCCCGCCGGCAUUGCCCAUCGCCUUCGAUCCUCCUCACCGUCCUUGUCCUCUUCUGUACUCUCUCUCUCUCUCUCUGCGCUAUACCUCAAAAUCAAUUCGAAUGGAACUUGUUAGCUUUGGUUGUGCUGCAGGCUGUCGCCUCACGAUAUCAUACUCACCAAAUCUCUUGUUCGUCAUUUUUCUCUUCCCCUGUUUCGAUAGGAUAAUUGAUUCGAGGCAGAAAAAAAUAACAUUCUAGCCUCUCAUAUGGCUGAUAUGGGAAGUGAUUUGCAAGGGGGGGAAGACAAUGAUAUUGAUGUAGUUGAAGAGGGUGGUUUUAAUGUAAGUGUAUGGCCAGAUGAGAUCGAAGAGAGGUUCAUCAUGAUCAUGGAGGCUGAAGUUGCUAAAGGCAACAGAACAUCAACAACAUUUUCAAAGCCUGCUUGGCGUACCAUAGAGGAAGCACUCAAUGCACAAACAAAAAGACACUACACUCAUACACAACUCAGAAAUAAAUUUAAUCAGCUAAGAGCCCGACAAAGGGAAUUUUCAAACCUAAUAAAGGAGUCCGGACUUAGCUGGAACUCUAUGACAGGCUCUGUAUCUGCUAGUGAUGAAGUGUGGGAACGUUUAUGUAAGGUGUACAAAUCUGCAAAGAGAUUCCGUAAGAAGGGAUGCCCAAUAUUUAAUAAAUUAUGUUAUAUAUAUGGAGACAUGGCAACGUCUGAUUUUAACCAGAAUAUUUCAAGUUGUGACCCCCAUAUAACUAACAAUCCUCUUUUGAAUGGUGAUUCCCUGGACAAUGAUGAUAGAGAGGAAGUGGAGGGAAGGAAUUUGGAAGCAUCAUUUACUGAGAACUCUGGUGGUCCCCGUGCACUGCCUGCCAUUCCUAUACGAAGCCAGUCUUGCACUCCAUCGAUCUCUCAUCGGGCAAAGAAAACUACUUAUUCGAUUCUGUCUCCUUGUGUGAAUUCUUCAAGUGAAAAUCUGAAGAUGUCUGGGGCUACAGAUAAAAAAUUGGAAACUACUUCCUCACCAUCUAGGUCAGUUUCUGCAACAGGAGCUAGUCUCAAGAUGCUUAUAGUAGAGAGCAUGCAAGCACUUAAUGCAUUAGAAGGGAUAGAUGGACUGGCUUAUUCAAAGGCAGUGGAGAGAUUUCAUGAGGAUUAUAUGUGGAUGGAGUUAUUUCUGCAGAUGACAGAUGAGAGGAAAAAAGAUUGGGUUUUGAACAUAAAAUAGUGUUGAUGUAGUAUCUACUUUAUUACCUUCUAUUCUUUAGCCCUUUCUUUAGGA